AUCAUUCACAACCGAACCACUCGUUGCUCAUUGGUAGAGUAUGCGUGUGACUCAAGUGGAAGCAGUAAUAAAUAUAGACGUCCCUAGGUUGUCAACAUUUUCACCUAAUUGAAAUACCGGAGUUUACGGAGCAAAAUUUUCUAAUCUUAUCACUGAGCUUGUUAAAGGAGAUGUUAUGCAUUGCAUUAAUAUAGAUCAAAGCUAUCAUUGAUACCUUGGUGUGGUAUGAAGUGUAGUCGUGCUUUUUUCUAGUAGGUAUAGGUAUCAGAACCCUGGUUGUAGGACACCGAGUGUGAUGCAAAAGGUUGAUUGAUUACGUGCAAUUUGAAAAGAAUUUAAAAGUUUCAUAGAGCUGUGAUGAAUCCAAGAAUUGUGAUAAUCGGCGCUGGCGCUGCUGGGAUAGCCACUGCUACAAGAUUGAUCGAGAAAGGUUACAAAAAUCUGACGAUUUUGGAAGCAGAAGAUCGCAUCGGAGGCCGAAUUUUUACGACUCCCUUCGCUGCAAAUGUAGUAGACUUGGGAGCUCAGUGGUGUCACGGAGAAGUGAACAAUGCAUGCUACGAGCUGGGUUCAAAGCACAACGUGUACGAUUCGAGUGGCUUCAAGUAUGAAGACUUUGACUUGACUAAAUCUAACGGGGAGAAAGUUCCGAAAGAACAAAGUCAAAAACUGAUGGGUGCCAUGUGGAGCAUUUUGGCUUCACAUAAAAACGAGCUCAGCCGUUACCGUGGCUCAUUGGGUUCGUUUGUUGUGGAGAAGUUCCGAACGUUGCUUGAAACUCCCGAUUACGCCGAUGUGGAUCACGAGACGGCUUAUCAGUUUUUAGAGUUCUUCCACAAAUUCGAAAAUUCUAUAGAGGCUUCGGACAGUUGGUUCGAUACAUCCGGACCAGGUUAUAUGCACUACUGGGAGUGUGACGGAGACCAUCUUUUGAACUGGAAGGAUAGAGGAUAUAAGACUGUGCUGGACAUACUGAUGAAACGCUACCCUUCACCAAACUCUCCCGACGCUAUAAACCUGGAAGAUUAUACUCAUUUCAAAAAAACUGUAGCCAACAUCUGUUGGAAAUCCGGUCCGGACAACAUAGUCUCUAUCCGAUGUACUGACAAUAGCAUUUAUGAUGCAGAUCAUGUCAUCUGCACGGUAUCAUUGGGCGUUCUGAAAGAACGCUAUGAAACACUUUUCUCGCCACAACUUCCUGCUAUGAAGAAGAAUGCUAUCAAAGGUCUUUCAAUAGGUACAGUUAAUAAACUGUAUCUAGAGUUCAAGAAACCGUUCUGGCCGGCCGAGUGGCAGGGACUAAGUCUUCUUUGGAAUCAAUCCGAUCUGGAGGAAAUACGCACAUCCAAAAAUAGUUGGAUGGAAGACGUAUUCGGUUUUUAUCCUGUUGACUUCCAGCCAAAUAUCAUUUGCGGAUGGAUUUCCGGUGCGAGCUCACGUCGGAUGGAGCGUCUCAGCGAGCAUGAAGUUCAAGAAGCAUGCAUGUUCCUGUUGAGAAAGUUUAUAAAGGACGUUGCCAUCCAUGAACCGGUGUCCUUUAGACGAACCCAGUGGUAUUCGAACCCGAACUUCCGAGGAUCGUACAGCUUCCGCUCGGUAACAACGGAUUUAUUGAAUACUUCAGCGGAGCACUUAGCACUGCCGCUGUGCAAUGCGAUCGGGAUUCCCGUUGUGCAAUUUGCCGGUGAAGCAACGCAUGACCAUUACUACUCGACAGUGCAUGGCGCCAUCGAGACAGGCUGGCGUGAGGCGGACAGACUUGUCGGACUGUAUCAAAGCCCGUCGCAGCAACAGGUGGAUGCGGAUGUCGAUGUGUUAGUUCUGGGUGCCGGAAUAGCGGGACUUGGAGCAGCGAAGGCACUAGUCAAUUCGGGCAAGACCUUCGUCCUACUGGAAGCUCAAUCUGUGGCUGGUGGAAGGAUUCAAACAGUGCCGAUGCAAAGUUCUGUCGGAACAGCAAGAGUAGGAGCUUCGAUCGAUUCAGGAGCACAGUGGCUGCAUGGCAAGCAGAAUGAGUUGCACAAAAUUGCCGAAAAGUAUGAAUUGCUGCAUGAAGAACUAUCUGAGGAAGGUUUGGGAGAGUAUAUCAGGGAUGAUGGUUACAGAAUGGAUGAUUUAUUUGUGAAAAAGGUCGAUUUCCUAAUCGGACAGAUUCUGGAGGAAUGUGAAGAAUUUGCCCAAAAGGAUAGUGCGCACUUUCCAGCUUCGGUAGAAGUGUUUCUACGAGAAGAGUUCAAGAAAAGAACAGAUCAAUGUUUCGCCCUUGAAGAGCAGGAAUUAGCUAAUCAGUUGAUAGACUGGCAUAUUCGGUUCCAAGUAAUAGACAACUCUUGCCUCACCUUAUCAGACGUUUCCGCAAAGCUGUGGGGUAGUUAUUCCUUCAAUGGAGAAAGCUGUCAAGCCCACAUAAAUAUGAAAUAUGGUUUUCAAACCCUCGUAAAUUGUUUGAUCAAGAAAAUUGGAGUGGAGAAAAUACUAUAUAAAAAAGAAGUAAAUGAAAUACGAUGGAAAGAUCAAACAUCUCGCGUGAUUGUAAAAUGCGCCGAUGGAACCACCUACAGCUGUCAACACCUUAUCGUGACCUUUUCUUUGGGUGUUCUCAAAGCAACGCUCAAUAGACUUUUUCAGCCAGCACUUCCCAAAUCCUAUCGGAGAUCCAUCCGAAACAUUGGAUUCGGCACGAUUGACAAAAUAUUCUUGCAGUUCGAUGAAGCCUGGUGGGGAAAAGCGGGAGGCUUCCAGUUUAUUUGGAGAGAUAAUCUUGAGAAAGGAUCUCAUUGGACCAGGUAUCUUUCUGGGUUUGAUAUAGUCAACCCUGGACCGUCGAACACCCUGCUGGGAUGGAUCGGCAGCUACGGCGCUUUAGAAAUGGAGAAACUCUCCGAUGAACAAAUUGUCAAUGAUUGCAUUUUUCUGUUGGAAAAGUUUUCGGGGAAAAAAGUACCGCGGCCGAUUAGCUAUUUCUGCACACGGUGGAACUCAAAUCCCCACAUUCGGGGCUCGUACAGUUACACCUCCGUCAACUGUGAUUUCGAGUCGUCCUUCUUGAGUGCCCUCCAGGAAACGCUUGUGUGCGAUCAGUACAAUCGAUCUACCGGAGAACUGGAAGUCAUCUCUAAAAUGGAAAGUCCAACGAUAGUAAAAUCGUCAGCCACCACCACCAUACGCUUCGCCGGGGAAGCAUGUCACGAGAAGUACUUUUCUACAGUUCACGGUGCAUUUCUUUCCGGAAUUGAACAAGCUAAAAAACUGCUAUGAACUCUUCCUACCGGCUCUUCUUUUGAAUGUUUUCACUCAAAAUGUAGAACUAGCUGAGAUUUU